GUAGCAACACCCAGCUUCCCAAACUGGAACCCAGCAGCACAAAAUGGUCGACAUCCAGAAUGAACUUCCCACCCUCCGCUGGGGCAUCGUCGCCACGGGCCUGAUCUCGUCCUGGUUCGUCCAGGACCUGGUCAUGGAGCGCAAGGACCCAAAGGCGAAGCACGUCAUCCAGGCCAUCGGGUCCUCAUCGGUCGAGAAGGGGACGGUAUUUGCCGAGAAGCACCUGGCGGGCAGCGGCCACGCCCCCAGCGUCUACGGCAGCUACGACGCCGUCUAUCAGGACCCGGCCGUCGACAUCGUCUACAUCGGCACGCCGCACGCCCUGCACAAGCAGAACUGCCUCGACGCCAUCGCCGCCGGUAAGCACGUGCUGUGCAAGAAGCCCUUCACGCUCAACGCGGCGCAGGUGGGCGAGGUGUUCGCCGCGGCCCGGGCCAGGGGCGGCGUCUUCGUCAUGGAGGCCAUGUGGACGCGCUUCUUCCCCCUGGUGCGGACGCUGCGGUCGCUGGUUCACGGGGACGAAAGGGCCAUCGGCGACGUCCAGCGCGUCCUCUGCGACUUCUCCAUGGACCAGAACCCGGGCUCGCUGGGGCCCGCGUCGCGGCUCAAGGACCCGGCGCUGGGCGCCGGCAGCCUGCUCGACAUUAGCAUUUACAGCCUUACCUGGGCCCUGCUUAUGCUCGAGGACCCCGCCGCCGCCGAUGCCGAUGCCGCGAGGCGGCGGCCCAAGGUGGCCGCCCUGCAGACGCUGGCCGACGGCAUCGACACGGCCUCGUCGGCCAUCCUGCUCUACCCCGACGGCCGGCAGGGCAUCGUCACGAGCUCGUCGGCCAUCAAGAAGGGCAAGCAGCCGUUCUGCACCGUCCAGGGCACGCGGGGCUACGUCGAGGUCCAAGGGUUCACGUCGGCGCCCGGCUUCUUCACGGUACACACGUUCGACGCCGAGGGCGGCGGGCUGUUGUCGAGGCGCUACGACUUUGAGCGGCCCGGCAGGGGGUUCUACUGGGAGGCGGACGCGGUGGCGCAAGACAUUUCGGCCGGGAGGGUCGAGAGCAGCGUGAUGCCGUGGGCCGAGACGGUCAGGGUCAUGGAGCUGCUGGACACCAUCAGGAAACAGGGCGGCGCCCGGUUUCCUCAGGACUCCGAGUAG